AUGGCCACUGAAGCUCGAUACAACAAGGCCAAAGAAGAAUGGCUAGAUGCUGCAAAAGCCGCCCGUGACCAUAUGGAGGAUUCCAAAAAGAAACAUAAAGAAGAGAAGGACGUGGGAAUUACAUCGGACAGCUGGGAGAAAUGGUUUCCACAAAACGACCGAAUGUUCGCAGAAAAAUGGAACGAGUUCCAGCAGAAGACGGCCUCCUUCAAAAUGGCCAUGGGGCAGUUCGACUCCGCGAAAGCAGAGGCCUGGGAUAAAGCGUACGGACAACUUCACAGUGAGAAGUAUCAUGGCGCUGGAGAAGACAAGGGAUCAAAUUACCUCAUUAUCACCCCUGAGGUGUAA